UCACAUGUUGCAGCGUUUGAUUUAAACCAUCGGCAUCUGAGAAAUAAAAGUGUUGUGAGCGCGCUUCUUUGAGAGUAUUAAUAUCAAUGGCGCAUCAUAACAAUAAUAGGGUUUCGAUUUGGUUCCUCUUCGUCUCAUCACUUCUUUCUCUCUUCUCUCAGAUCUCCUCCGCAGAGAAGGAGUUCGUUCUCACUUUAGAUCGCUCCAACUUCUCUGACAUUGUUACCAAACACAACUUCGUCGUGGUCGAGUUCUACGCGCCUUGGUGUGGCCACUGUAUGAAGCUUGCUCCAGAGUAUGAGAAAGCUGCUUCUAUCUUGAGUAGCAAUGAUCCUCCGGUUAUUUUGGCUAAAGUUGAUGCCAAUGAGGAAAAGAAUAGAGAACUUGCAAGACAAUUUCAGGUUCAGGGAUUUCCAACGAUUAAGAUUCUAAGAAACGGGGGCAAGGUUGUUCAAGAUUACAAAGGUUCCCGUGAAGCAGAUGAUAUUGUUGACUAUUUGAAGAAGCAAAGUGGUCCCGCAACAGCUGAAAUUAAAUCUGCAGAUGAUGCUAGUGCUUUGAUUGGCAAAAAUAAAGUUGUUAUUGUUGGGGUCUUCCCAAAAUUUUCUGGGGAGGAGUAUGAGAACUUCAAUGCAUUGGCAGAGAAAUUGCGUUCUGAAUAUGAUUUCGGUCACACCUUGGAUGCCAAAUACCUUCCACGUGGAGAAUCAUCGGUGACUGGGCCUGUAGUUAGAUUAUUCAAGCCAUUUGAUGAACUUUUUGUUGACUCCCAUGAUUUCCAUAUGGAAGCCUUAGAGAAAUUUGUUGCAGAAUCUAGUGUCCCUGUUGUGACUGUUUUUAACAAUGACCCAAGCAAUCACCCUUUUGUUGUCAAAUUCUUUGACAAUCCAAACGUAAAGGCAAUGAUGUUCGUCAACUUCACUGCUGACAAUGCUGAUUCUCUCAAAUUAAAAUUCCGUGAAUCUGCCGAGCAGUAUAGACAACAGGGCGUAAGCUUUCUAGUGGGAGACCUUGAGGCUAGUCAAGGUGCAUUCCAGUAUUUUGGCCUUAAGGAAAACCAAGUGCCUCUAAUGAUCAUUCAACAUAAUGAUGGGAAAAAGUUUUUGAAAACUAAUGUGGAACCAGAUCACAUUGCAACUUGGUUGAAGGCAUACAAGGAUGGAAGUGUUGAACCAUUCAAGAAGUCUGAACCUAUUCCUGAAGUUAACAAUGAACCUGUUAAAGUGGUAGUUGCAGACAAUCUUCAGGACAUUGUUUUCAACUCAGGGAAAAAUGUUUUGCUAGAGAUUUAUGCUCCUUGGUGUGGUCACUGCAAAAAGUUGGCUCCGAUAUUGGAGGAAGUUGCUGUUUCAUAUCAAAGUAAUCCUGAUGUUAUUAUUGCAAAACUGGAUGCAACUGCCAACGAUAUACCACGCGAGACUUUUGAGGUACAAGGUUAUCCAACUGUGUACUUCAGAUCAGCAAGUGGAAAGAUAUCACAGUAUGAUGGAAGUAGGACAAAGGAAGACAUCAUAGAUUUCAUUGAAAAGAACCGGGAUAAAGCGGAUCAGCAAGAAUCAGUCAAAGAUGAGCUUUGAAUAAGGGAUGCAGCUGUUCCUUUCAGAGGAUAUAGACACAGUUAUAUGUAGGAUCUACAUAUCUUCUUUGUUGGUUCAAAUUAUCUUAGUUUCUUGCAUAUUAUCAUUUUAGUUUUUUCUUCAUUUACACGUUUUUUGUGUCAAUAAAAUGGUAGUUUUUUUUUCCCCUUGGCGUAGUGUAGUUUGAUAAUAAAAAAUUGUGGCUGUAAAGUCCUUCGAUCCUAGUUAAAUUAGUAGAUGCGUUUAGGUCACCAAUGAAUUUUCCAUAUCUCUUGGCAUCCUUGUGAAUUCUACUUGUUCUCCAUAUAUCUAUCUCCAGUUCUCAAA